GCCGAGGGGUGGGAGGCCGGCAGGGCCGGAAGUUGCGCUUUCCUUCCGGUUCCGUCGGAAGCGGGUGGUCGUUGGCGGUUCGCGAGGCAGCGGGAAGCGCGACGGCCGAGGAAGUAGACGCGACGCCGCCACCAUGACGGUGGGCAAGAGCAGCAAGAUGCUGCAGCACAUCGACUACCGCAUGCGGUGCAUCCUGCAGGACGGGCGCGUCUUCAUCGGCACCUUCAAGGCCUUCGACAAGCACAUGAACCUCAUCCUCUGCGACUGCGACGAGUUCCGCAAGAUCAAGCCCAAGAACUCCAAGCAGCCCGAGCGGGAGGAGAAGCGCGUGCUGGGCCUGGUGCUGCUCCGCGGAGAGAACCUGGUCUCCAUGACCGUGGAGGGGCCGCCCCCCAAGGACACUGGGAUUGCUCGUGUGCCACUGGCUGGGGCAGCAGGAGGACCCGGUGUCGGCAGAGCGGCUGGAAGAGGAGUCCCAGCUGGAGCUCCCAUGCCCCAAGCACCUGCAGGUUUGGCCGGUCCUGUGCGUGGGGUUGGUGGACCAUCCCAACAGGUAAUGACACCUCAGAGCCGAGGGACAGUUGCUGCUGCAGCCGCUGCUGCCACUGCUAGCAUAGCGGGAGCCCCGACUCAAUAUGCACCAGGCCGUGGAGGCCCUCCCCCACCCAUGGGAAGGGGCACUCCCCCUCCAGGAAUGAUGGGGCCCCCUCCUGGUAUGAGACCACCCAUGGGCCCUCCUAUGGGGAUGCCACCAGGCCGUGGCUCACCAAUGGGGAUGCCACCGCCAGGAAUGAGGCCGCCACCACCUGGCAUGAGAGGUCCCCCUCCUCCUGGCAUGCGCCCGCCUAGGCCUUGACACCCAUACGGAACCCAGUGGGACUCGGGGCCAAUCUUGUUGAUCACAAGAUGGCAGGAGCAGGAUUAGCUGUGUAUGUGCUGUUUUUUGAUGUCAUGUUGCCCUUUCUAAUAAAACUUUGCCGUUUC